AUGGGCAAGAGCCGCGCCGAAAUUCAACGGGCGUACAGAGAGCGGCAGAAGGAGAAAAGUAAAGACGAGUAUCUAAGAAAAGAAAGGGAAAGAAAACGGCGGAGCUACGUCCCUUCUGACCAGUUAUCCGAGAAUGACAGGGAAGAACGAAAUAGGAGAAACAGAGCAAAUUUGAGAGAGUUUUAUGCGAGAAAGAAGGCAGUGCGUACACGGCAUGUGGAAGCUAGAAGUGGAACAAGCGGAUAUGAAAGCAAUGGUUCAAAUGGUGAUGACAAUAGUAAUAGAAAUGAAGAGGAAAGGACAUCAAGUAGUGGAGGUGAAAGGUCAAGAGGUAGAUUACUCGUGAGACUGGAUUUUAAUAACCAAAGUGAAGGCAAGCGAAAGGCGGCAAUAAAACGAUGGAAGAGAGACCGCUCAGCUGCAAAUUCCAGAAUACGACUCCUUGAACAAGAAAGAGACAAGUUGAAAACAAAAUUAAAAACAACUCAAAGAUCACUACAGAGACUGAAAGAAGGAAGAGUAACAAAUCAGACAGUAGAGCUGACACCAAGCAAACAAACAGAGCAUGACAUGAACGAAGCUAAUCUGAACAGUGAGCAAAAAAGAAAAUUAAGAAGAUCUCUGCUACUUAGUAAUGUAAUUGCCAGUGAAAUUAAGGCAACUAAGAACAAUACGCCACGCCAUAAGAUGAAAGCUCUUCACCACAUUGUAGCUGGUAGAAUAGCAAAGAAGUAUAAAUGUAUACGGUACUUGUCCGCGAAAACAGGACUCGGAAGACGUCAGCUUGGCAAAGCAAUUCAAAAGUUCAUCAAUUGCAUCCCAACAAACGUUGUAGCAAACAAGUCAAAUACAGAGAAGAAAUCAUCAGCUUUUUAA